AUGUGUCACCCAAAAAAUGAAAACGAACGUAGCACGGAAGGGCAGGCGACAAAAAAUACCGAAAGUGCCGACACGUUAAAGAGACAGCUCAGUGAAUUGUACGCCGACGAAGGUUGCCUAGGUUGCCAAAGUUGCCAACAUUGCGAAAAGGGUCAACCAGAAGAUACCUCCCAUUUUGUUAGCAGUGCAAGUUCCGGGAAAAAACGAGAAACUGCCACGGAAGAGCAUAACCCUGAAGAAAUUCACCAAAGUGCAAAUGCACAUGAAAAGGAGGACAAUGGGAUACACCAAAAUGGACAAACCCUAAACCCUGAAAAAACGAAUACAAAAAAGCAUAAAUCCUCAACGGAUGAACCACCAAAUAGGAGGGGGAAAAAAAAAAGAAAAAAAAAAUUUUAUGACAAUGAAGUGACCAAACCGUCGAAACAAAUGAUCAGAAUAAAUUACCUACUGCAAGCAUCAUUUCUAAUGAAUGAAUUUAACCCGAACAUCUCAAGGGAGUAUAUCAAAACGAUGAGAAAACUUUCGAACAAAUUUUUAAUAAAAUACGACAGAAAAUUUAAGAAACUCUUCUGCAAAAAAUGCAACUCGGUUCUCAUCCCAAGUGCUACUUGCAAGGUUUCUGUUAACCCACUAAAUUUGAGGAAGAAAAAAAAAAAAAAAAAAAAAGAGGAGGUGAGUAGCAAUUUGAAGGGGAAGGUGAGAGAUGAAUUUCUGGUUUCAUACCGAUGUAACUACUGCCAGCAUGACACGAAACUCGUUUACGAAAAUGGUUUGACCGCUCAGCGCGCGAAUGAAGCGGAGGCCGUCUGA